UAGUUUGGCACAGACAACUCUAGUCAAAGCAGGUCUAGGCUUUAGUGUGUGCUCAAGUUAAACCCCUUUUCUUCUCUGCUUGUGUGCCAUUCCAGAGGACUGGACCAUUUCAUUGAGAUCUAUAAAUAACUGAGAGGGAGGCUUCAUGCCAAGAGACUGCUAAGGAACAGAAGUUUGAUUUCAGAGAAGAGGGGACACAGAAGAAAAGAAAGGAGUUCAUACUUCCAACUAUAAGAUGGAAGACCCAGUGCAGCUAAAGGAAGAGGGGAAUAAGUAUUUCCAAUCUAAUGAAUAUGGCCAAGCUAUUCAGUGUUACAGCAAAGCCUUGAAGCUUAUAACUGAUAAGAAGAUGCAGGCUGUACUCUAUCGGAACAGGUCUGCUUGUUACCUAAAGCAGGAUAACUAUGUACAAGCAGCUGCAGAUGCAUCAAAAGCUAUCGAUGUGGAUGCAUCAGACAUUAAAGCCCUUUUCAGGCGCUGCCAGGCUUUAGAGAAACUGGGCAAGCUGGACCAGGCCUAUAAAGAUGUUCAGAGAUGUGCAACCCUUGAGCCAAAAAACCGAACAUUCUUGGAGACGUUACACCGACUAGGCACAAAUAUCCAAGAAAAGCUACAUGUUCAGUUCUCCACGGACUCCCGGGUUCAUAAAAUGUUCGAGAUCCUAUUAGAUAAGAACAGUGAAAAAGAAAAGAGAGAGAAGGCAGCAAACAACUUGAUAGUUUUGGGCCGAGAGGAUGCAGGAGCUGAACAGAUCUUUCAGAACAAUGGUGUAAAUCUUCUUAUGCAGCUAAUUGAAUCGAAGGAUCCAGAAAUGAUCCUCUCAGCAAUCAGAACUCUCUCUGGCAUGUGCACUGGGCACAGAGCACGGGCAACGGCUAUUGUGCACCUUGUGGGUAUCAAUAAGAUCUGCAGUAUCAUGGCAGUAGACAAUGAAGAAAUUGCUCUAGCAGCAUGUAACCUGUUGCAAAACAUUGUGGACUCUUUAACCGGAGAGGAUAAGAAAGCACAUGGGAAACAGGAAGCUCUUGUACUGGAUACCAAAAAGGAUCUGAAGAUAAUUACCACUCAUUUGUUGGAUAUGCUGGUUAGUAAGAAGGUAUCUGGUCACGGCAGGGACCAGGCACUUAAUCUGCUGAAUAAAAACAUCCCACGUUAUGAUCUUAAGAAUAAAGAUAACUCCAAGUCUCUCUUUGUGGUGGAUGCAGGGCUGAAAAAAAUAUUAAAGGUUUUAGGACAGGUCCCGGAGCUGCCAAAUUGCCUCCCCUUGACACCAAACACACGUUUAAAUGCCUCAGUUCUGGUGAAUAAACUUUACGAUGAUUUGCGCUGUGACCCAGAAAGAGACAAUUUCAGGAUAAUCUGUGAAGAAUAUAUCACUGGCAGUUUUGACCCUAAGGAUAUGGAAAAGAAUCUGCAUGCCAUACAGACAGUUUCUGGCAUCUUGCAAGGGCCAUUUGAUCUUGGCAACAAACUCCUUAGCUUACAGGGGGUGAUGGAAAUGAUGGUUGCUUUGACUGGAUCAGAGAAUGAGGUCGAUCAGCUGGUGGCUGUGGAAGCUCUGAUUCAUGCAUCUACAAAGCUUAGUCGGGCAUCCUUUAUUAUUACAAAUGGAGUGUCUUUAUUAAAAGAUAUAUACAAGAAAACCAAGAAUGAGAAAAUAAAGAUUCGUGCACUUGUGGGUCUGUGUAAACUAGGAUCUGCUGGUGGCACAGAUUAUGCUUUAAGGCAAUUUGCAGAGGGAUCUACUGAUAAACUAGCAAAGCAAUGUAGAAAGUGGCUGUGUAACCCCAGUCUCGACAUACAGACCAGGAAAUGGGCAGUGGAGGGCUUGGCUUAUCUGACACUUGAUGCUGACGUAAAAGAUGAAUUUGUAGAAGAUGAGCAAUCAUUGAAGGCCAUGUUUGAGUUAUCCAAGACAAGUGAUAAGACCAUCCUUUACUCUGUGGCUACCACACUGGUAAACUGCACAAACAGCUACGAUGUUAAAGAAGUCAUUCCUGAAAUGGUGCAGCUGGCAAAAUUCUCCAAGCAGCAUGUUCCAGAGCAACAUCCUAAGGAUAAAAAGGACUUUGUGGAGAAACGUGUCAAGAGGUUGCUAAAGGCAGAUGUUAUAUCUGCUCUAUCCUGCAUGGUGAAAGCUGAUAACUCCAUUCUUACAGACCAAACCAAAGAACAAUUAUCAAGAGUUUUCCUGGCACUCUGCGAAGACCCUAAGGAUCGAGGUAUCAUUGUUGCACAAGGAGGAGGCAAGGCUAUGAUCCCUCUUGCACUGGAAGGAACAGAUGUUGGCAAAAUAAAGGCUUCUCAUGGGCUGGCUAAAAUUGCAGCUGUAUCAAAUCCUGAUAUUGCAUUUCCUGGAGAGAGGGUGUAUGAAGUGGUGCGUCCGCUUGUCAGUCUAUUAAAUACAGAACGGGAUGGAAUUCAAAACUUUGAAGCCCUCCUUGCUUUGACCAAUCUAUCUGGAAAGAACGACAAAUUGAGACAAAAAAUUAUUAAGGAGAAAGCUCUGCCUGAAAUUGAAAACUACAUGUUUGAAAAUCACGAACAGAUCAGGCAAGCAGCCACAGAAUGUAUGUGUAACUUAGCGCUCAACAAAGAGGUCAAGGAGAGGUUUAUGGCAGAGGGCAAUGACCGUCUAAAACUGAUAAUACUGCUUUGCGGUGAGGAAGAUGAGGUGAAGCUGCAGAGGGCAGCUGCUGGGACAUUAGCAAUGUUGACUGGUGCUGAGAAGAAGCUUUGUCACAAGAUGACAGAAGUGACAACUCAGUGGAUGGAGAUUCUGCAGAGGCUGUGCCUGAGUGAGGACCUGCAAGUUCAGCAUCGUGGAGUCGUGAUUGCAUAUAACCUUAUUAACGCAGACAAAGAAUUGGCUAAGAAACUGGUGGAAUCGGAGAUGCUAGAGAUCUUAACAGUCAUUGGAAAGCAGGCAGAUGUUCCCAACAAGCAGCACAUCAUUAAUGCGGCUAGGGAAGCCCUGGUUAAAUGCCUAGAUUAUGGUUUUAUCAAGACAGUUUCGUGAAUGGUGAUAGUGACUCUUAUAAUGGCUUCUGUCUUGUGCUAUGGAUCACGUGCAUUCCCUUUCAUUUGCAUUCGUGGUUGCCCGAUUAUGUAUGCAUUGGAAAAAUAAUAAUAAGAAUAUUGUAUGAAAAAUGUAAAUUGAAGACUUUUGUCAUGAAGAUGAAAUUUAAAACUUGUUUCUUUUGACAAAAAUGAUUUUAUUUAGUUUCUGUGAUUAAACUUGGUUGAUUUAA